AUGCAGGGGAACAAGAAGGGCGCCGAUGGGUUCAGCGACACCUCGAGCAUCGGCAGUGUGCUGGACGAAGCAGACAGGGAGGUGAGCAGCCUCACGGACCGGGCGUUCCGGAGUUUGUGCGUCUCAGAGGACACAUCCUUCAGUGACUCCGACCUGGCCCUGUCCCCAGAUACCACCCGCCAGGUGUUUGGGAAUUUUCGCCAGGGAACCGUGAGCCACACCCAAAGGAAGAGCGGCAUUUGGAGCCAGCUGCCGUCGCAGGGCACGGAGCACGCAGGCUGGGCAGCCACGUUCCAGCAGCUGCCCAAAUAUGUGCAGGGAGAGGAAGAGUAUCCCCAAAGCAGCCCCCCACUGACGCCAGCCCAGAGGAGGCUGGAGGUGCCAGUUUCUGGCCUGAGGAGCAGCAGCAAGCCUAUUUCCAAAGUGUCCUCACUAAUUAAAUCUUUCGACAGGACAGAGGGCCAGCAGGGCGGUAGCCGGGCCCCUCCCAGCAAGCCUCCAGCCAUCAAGAACCCCCCCAAGUUUGCGCCUCUUCCGGAAAGCAGUGUCAACUUCUGCUUCGAUUCUGCCUUUCUGACUGUCAGGAGGGUGCCCGCGGAAGUCUCCAGCGCCCAUCAGAACAGCCACCAGCCUGAUCGGAAGCAUGCGGAGCAGGAGUCCCCCGAGAGUCCUGAAAUGGCCUGCCAGGGCUCCAGUCGCUUCCUCCCAACACCUGAAAACGGGGCCAGCUCGCUGGAGUGCAAGUUCUCCUCUCCACCCCGCAAACCAGCCGCGGGAGAGCCUGGAAGCAGCAGGGAGUGGGCUCGAAAAGGCACCUUCCUUCACAGUGAAAACAGUGCUUUCGAGUCGUGGAGUGCCCACCACCCAAAGCUGCUAGAGAGAAAGGACCCUUCUGAGGCUGCCCCUGAGAACAAAUCCCCCAAACAUUAUGAGGACAAGCCCUUGUUGAGAGAGCCCCAGGCCCCUGAGUGCAAGGUCUCUCCCUGCCAACCCCGGGCUAGCUGUGGUCAAGAAGAGAACAGGCUGACAGCAGGCACUCUCUACACAUCUGGGCCCAGGAGGCCUAGGGACCCAGGAGCUCAGGUGUUCUCCACGGAGGAAAAAGCUUCCAGCCCACAGCCUGACCUCCAGGUGAAGUCAACCCAGCCCCCAUGGAGGAAACCAAAGGCUCGCAAAGGAGGCAAAGAAAGCACACAAGAUGGCACAGAAGAGGGGCAGACCAGCAGGCGAGGCUCAGCCUUAUACACAAAGCACGCUCCUCAGGGGAGAUUUCCAGAAAACGAUGCUCUUGACAAUGCCCUGGACCCCAACGACUGCUACAACCCUCCUUUUAACAUCAGAGAGCUUCUGACCCCCAUCAUACCCACCAAGCACGUCCUGGAUCCACCCAAAAGCCCGCCAAUGGAGGUAACCCCAUCCCCUCCAGCGCAGCUAAAUGGAUACCAAGAACAGGAGCCCAGCGAGUGUCCAUCUCGGGACAGCUACAAAGCCAAAGCCCCCAGCCUGCUGUUCAACCUCAAGGAUGUGCGGAAGCGCGUCAAGAGCACAUACACCCCCUCGCCUCUCUUAAAAGGCCUCGACGAGAAAAGCAGGGGCAAGCAAGAACCCGUGAGCAAUGGUGCCCUUCCCAAUGGGCUGGAGGAAAGCCCCCCCGAAGAGCUUUCUAAGGAGAGACCAGCUAACACUCCUUCUCUGUCACUCAUCAGUACCCAGAGGGACCCUAAAGCUGAUCCUGGUGCAACCUCUGUGGACGACUAUCUGACCCUUAGCUUGCCUCCAGCUGUCACCAAAGCCCCUUUCUGUGUCAAUGGGGAGGCUGGCAACAAGAGCAGCUAUGAGAAGGAUGCCACCGAAGAUUCUGAUCUGGGUGCCACCAGGCACAGCUGGUCUCCGGACUCCAGGGAGCACUGCCCCAGGAAGCACCUGGCCCUGAAGCUCUGCAGCAGAGAGCCCGAGGUGGGGGGGGCUGCGGAGCCACCAAGGACCCCCAGCCUCGAGAAUGGGGUCUCGCGAUCUAUUUCUCAAGAGACAGAACCCGAGAGAGAGGCAGGACUUCAGAACCCAAACUUCAACCCCAAAGUCUCUCCAGGGCCCCUUUCUCCCGAGGAGGAAGAUGUGUUUUAUAGCGACAGCCAGUCUGAUUUUGUGCCAGACCUCAAAAGCAAGGCCAAGUUCAGCACCAGCUCUUCAGACCAGUCCUUUGCCUCGUUCGAGGACCAGCAGAAGACGUGGUUUGCGGAGAGCCAGCGGGAAGACGGGAGGAGUGACGUGAGUGCAGGUGACGGUCGGAAGGACGGUGAGGGGAAAGCGAUGGCGGAGGACGGGCCUCCGCAGUGUGCCUUGGGGAGCGGGCCCACGUGCGUGGAGGAGCGGGCCAGGAGGGGAACGUGGCAAGCAGAGGGGGAAAGUGCGUGUGGAGAGAGAGCCAGGAGGGCGUCGAGGGAAGAAGCUGACUUCAGAGGCACUUGGAUCGGGAGCAGUAAGGACACGGCCCUUCCACAGGCCAAAGGCCUUACACCCCCACCGUCUUCCACUCUGAACAGGCACAGACUGUUUGCCAUCAAAGACAACACCCUCAGGGCCACCCCCGUGAUCAAGCCGGUCAUGCUGCCCCUGCUGAGGGCCUUGUCCUCAGAGGACGCGCUGGGCGGUGGCCACAAAGCAGAGGAAUUGCCACGGACAGGCUGGGGCGAGGAAGUUGCUCUUUGUGCUCCCAAGAGCCAGGAAAUGCCCGGUACCCCAACACCCACUGGCAUGAGGGGCCCACCCUUAAAGCAUGUGGCCCACAAGGGCAUGGAGGACCACGGGUGGGUGUCCGGUGUGGCCAGGAUGGAGACAAAGGGGACUGUCUCAUCUAUUCCUCUCCUGGGAGAGGGCGGAGGGCUGAAGCCACCCCCAGAGGCUGUGUGGAAGGUCGUGGCCAGUGACUGCAGGAGCCAUCCCACAGACCAGGGGAGGCCGGAGGCUCCACGGGGCAUCCCCGUGAUUGCUUUGCCCGAAAGUGACAUACAAGGCCAGCCACCCCCACAGCAGCUUGCAACCUCGUGGGAAGAGCAGACCCAAGAUUUCAACAGUCGCUUUUUGUCUACACCCAGGGCAGGGCCCCCAGGGAGAAGACUGGCUGCUGGUGAGACCGCAGCUUCCCCCAACAGCAGCUCCCUGGAGGGAAGCAGUGCGCACUCCCCCGCAGCCAGCAGCGCUUGGGACGAUGCUUCUCAGGGCCCCAGUGACCUGGGCCUGAUGUCCGGGGAGCCUUCCUGCGCCAGCCCCCGGGCCAACCCCAGCCCCAGCAGGGUGGCCCGGAGGGAGGACCUGACGCACGCCUUCUCAUGGGAAGCCAGUGCCGACCCCCAACUUGAGCCAUCAGCAGAAGACCGCAGGACACUCUCUCCAGGGGAUUUGUUGCUCGAUGUAGCCACCAGCUCAGCAGUCUUCCCAGAAAAAGCGGAGCCUUCCUCUCACCUAGAAAGGGCUGCUGCCAAGCCACCUGCAGUCCCACCCAAAACAGAAAAGGCCCUGCGGCGGGCAAAGAAGCUAGCGAGCAAGAGGAGAAAGAUUGACCAGGCACAGGAAGUGCAGGGCAGAGCCCAGGAGGAGAAGCCGCCCCUGGGAGAAGCAGGGCACAAGCCCUCGUCCGCUGGGGAGAGGCUGCUGCCCAGGCUCCCGGCUGUCCGUGCCCUGCCCCCUCCAGUGCAUCGCCACUCGGUGGCCACCUUCUCAGACCCGGUCAGGAGGUGGCCUGGGGGGCCCCAGGCCCUCAUGCCCCUGCUCCCUUACCCUGCCACCCAGAAGGUCCUGCAAGACCCCCAAUCUGGAGAGUACUUUGUCUUCGAUCUGCCGCUUCAGGUGAAAAUCAAGACCUUCUAUGACCCAGAGACAGGCAAAUAUGUCAAGGUCCCCAUCCCAUCUUCUGAGGAGGGUUCCCCUGAACCACUCCCGCCCAACAUGCUUGCUGCCCCCUACAUGCUGUACCCGGGCAUCCGGCCCCUGCCUGCAACGGCCUUGAUGCCACUGCGCUGCUCCUCUCAGCUCUCUAACCCCACCUUCCUAAGGCAGGACCCUGGUGCCACUGAGGCAACCCAACCUGGUCCCCAGAGCACCUACGAUGCUGACCUGCAACCAGCCCUUGGGCCUCCUGGUGACCCCACCCAGCACACUGCAGGCCCAGGCUCCAGCGAGCCCCCCCGGAUCCCAGGGGAGGGUGUGGGAGACACUCCAAGCCUGGGCAUCAUCUCCACCAAUGAUCUAGAGGACUUUGCCACAGAAGACAUUUCUUGA